AUGGAGGAAGACAAUGAAGAAUAUGAAGCUGAGGAUGUGUGUGCCGUAGAAGACCUAAGUUUGCUCGAGGCGUUCAAAGCAGGCAUUGACCUAGAUCCAAAUGGACCACCUCCAGGUUUCAUCGAUGAUUAUUGCAUGUUCAAGUAUGGUGACCCGAGGAGGAAGCCGACACGUGAGUACUCGAACAUCCUUGGAGGCCUAAUUAGGAAGCAUUUCCCUAGGAUUGUCAAUCUCCCUAGUGGUGGCCGCGAUGUGGCUUGGACUUGGAAGCACUACAGCUACGCGGAAGAUCCUAGCGGCAAGUGCACCAACAUGCAAGAGCGGGUUGUCCGCCACUUCUGGAAAUACUUCAAGAGGGCUGAGGGCGAGGAAAUUGCGUGCGACGUUAUCUUACACGAGUUGUGCAGGGUGAGGGUGACUGGCAUGCACUACGAGGCACGUGUCCAGUGCGUCCGCGACUGGCACGCCGAGCGCAAAGUUUGGAUGAGUAAGGCUGAUUGUCGGGAUACGCUCAUGGCACCGUGGCAGUACCUGCAGAACCCUCCUCAGUACGUCGGGGAAGACAAGGCGUGCUUUCUUGCGAUGGUCAUAUGGUGGACAUCCCCCGAGUACGCCCGGAAGCACGAGGAGGGCAAGCAGAAGCGUUUAGAGAUGGGAGGUGGAUCACAUGUCCUGGGCAGCAAGAACUUGGCCCUUACCUUGCAGCAAGAGGAAGUGAAGACAGGCGUGACACCAAACUUAUUUGGCCUUUUCCAAAAGUCCAAGACCAGGAGGGAGCCGCAUCAUGAAACGGGGUCCGUGUGGGUCAACGGGCUAGCGGAGGCCCAGUGUGGCGCAUACCGCUCGAAGUUCAAGGCCAAGCACGGCGAAGACGCCGACCCAACCACCGAAGACUUUGACGUUGAGGUUGCGGUGCUUGCGGGACAAGGCAAGAAGGGUGGCCGCCUAUGGAUUGCUGAUGGGUUAGUCGACCCAAAGACCAUUCCAUCUCUACGCCAUAUCCGUCGUGGGCGUACGAGCGAGCAGCCUCGGGUAGAGACCGCCCACGGGCUUCGAACCUAG